CCCCGCCCCCGCCCGCUUCCCAGCGUUGCGAAGGAGGCGUGAGCAGACUGGGGCCCAGCGCUGGGCGCCGCUUAACACCCACUCCCCGUCCCCGUCGCCUGCGUCAUGGAGGCGGCGGUGGAUGCCGAAGUCGAACCUGAGGAUGGCGACAGCAGCUGCGCGGACGUGUGCUUCAUGGACAAAGGCCUGCAGAGUAUAUCAGAGUUAUCUUUAGAUUCAUCCCUUCACGCCAUCAAUCUGCAUUGUAAUCACAUCUCCAAGAUCACAUCCAUUGAUCACAUUUGGAACCUACGACAUUUAGAUCUGUCAUCUAAUCAAAUAAGUCAAAUUGAAGGACUAAACACACUGACAAAGCUAUGCACUUUAAACUUAUCCUGCAAUUUGAUCACAAGAGUAGAAGGACUUGAAGCACUGGUUAAUCUGACUAGACUGAAUUUGUCUUACAAUAAUAUAAAUGAUCUUAGUGGGUUGAUGCCUCUUCAUGGACUGAAGUAUAAACUUAGAUAUAUUGACCUACAUAGUAACUGUAUAGAUAGUAUCCAUCACUUACUUCAGUGCACAGUGGGCCUGCACUUCCUAACCAAUCUUAUUUUAGAGAAAGAUGGAGAAGGUAAUCCGAUCUGUCUUGUACCAGGGUACCGAGCAAUCAUUCUCCAGACUUUGCCACAGCUGAGGAUCUUAGAUUGCAAGAACAUAUUUGGUGAGCCAGUAAACUUGGAAGAAAUAAACUCAUCACGCCUACAGUGCUUCGAAGGACUUUUGGAUAACUUAGUUUCAUCUGAUUCCCCCCUGAAUAUAAGUGAGGAUGAGGUCGUUGACAGUAUGGUGGUGCCAAUGGCAGCACCACCCAUGGACGUAUUACCUCCUUUGGAGCAGUUCACCAGCACACCAGAAGAUAAUGUUUUGACCUCGCUCUUAUCUGUGUGUCCAUCUUCUGAACCAGAAAAAAUUAAUCAUGAAAACGAUUUUCAGAAUGAAAUGAAACUUCAGAAAUUAGAUGAUCAAAUCUUACAGCUUCUCAAUGAAACUUCUAAUUCUUUAAUAGAUAAUGUUCCCGAGAAAGACCUCGGACCAAAAAGAGACACAGACAUGACUUCUGAAAGUGACUAUGGGAACAGAAAAGAGUACAGUCGAAGAAUUCCUAGAAGAGCAAAAAUCCCAUACUAUGCCAGAACUAUUCAAACUAUUAAGCAUCACAAUAAAAACAACGGUGCAUUCGUAAGUUGUAAUCGCAAAAUGAGACAGCCUUACUUUAAAGAUUUAUAUGUAAGAUCGUCUUUAGUUAACUGCAAUGUUUUAAGAGACUUAGACGAGCAGAAGACUGACAUAAAUAAAGUAGACAAAAGUGUCUCGGACGACAACACUUACCGGUCCCUCUUGGAACAGUUAGACCAAGAGAGAGAGAUGAGGUGGAAAGCUGAGCAAGCUGAAAAAAAACUUAUGGAUUAUAUUGAUGAGCUGCUUAAGCAAGCAAGUGAGAAAAAAGAUGUUCACAGCCUGGCUCUCAUUACCACAGACAGGCUAAAGGAUGUUAUUUUUAAGGAGAGACAUUCCAAGGCUCAACUUGAAAUUAUAGUUCACAGACUUCAAAAUGAAGUUAAAAAGCUAACUAUUGAACUAAUGAAAGCACAAUAUCAACAGGAAGAUCACAUCAAACACUUGAGAACCCUGGAAAAGGCAUUGGAAAAAAUGGAGAAGCAGAAAGCACAGCAGCAGCAGGCACAGAUGAGACUUAUCCAAGAGGUGGAGCUCAAAGCCUCCGCUGCUGAUCGAGAAAUAAACUUACUUCGAACUUCUCUUCACCAAGAAAAGGAGCAAGUGCAACAACUUCAUGAACUACUGGCAUUGAAAGAAGAGGAACACAGGAAAGAAAUUGAAACUAGAGAGUUUUUCAGUGAUGCAGAGUUUCAGGAUGCAUUAGCUAAAGAAAUGUCCAAAGAAGAAAGAAAACAUGAGCAAGAAGUAAAAGAAUACCAAGAAAAAAUUGAUAUAUUAAACCAGCAGUAUUUGGAUUUAGAAAACGAAUUCCGUAUUGCUUUAACUGUUGAAGCCAGAAGAUUUAAAGAUGUUCAAGAUGGCUUUGAAGAUGUUGCAACUGAGUUAGCCAAGAGCAAACAUGCUCUUAUUUGGGCUCAACGCAAAGAAAAUGAAUCAUCAUCUUUAAUUAAAGAUCUGACCUGUAUGGUGAAGGAACAAAAGACAAAACUCUCAGAAGUCUCCAAAUUGAAACAGGAAGCAGCAGCGAAUUUACAGAAUCAAAUCAACACUCUGGAAAUUUUGAUUGAAGAUGACAAGCAGAAGAGCAUUCAAAUAGAAAUUCUUAAGCAUGAAAAAACGCAGCUUAUUUCUGAGCUAGCAGCCAAGGAGUCACUGAUCUAUGGUUUAAGGACAGAACGAAAAGUAUGGGGACAUGAACUAGCACAUCAGGGAUCGUCACUAGCUCAGAGCCGUGGGAAAUUAGAAGCCCAAAUUGAAAGUUUAUGCAGAGAGAAUGAAUCUCUGAGAAAAAGCCACGAAAGUGACUGCGAUGCCUUGAGAAUAAAGUGCAAAAUCAUCGAGGACCAAACUGAAACCAUCAGAAAAUUAAAAGAUUGCUUACAAGAAAAAGAUGAGCAAAUCAAAUUAUUACAAGAAAAGAUCACUUUCGUAGAAAAAUGUACUCAAGAGCAACUUAAUGAAAAAUGUUCACAACUAGAUAAUGUGAUUGAAAAAUUAGAAAGACACAAUGAGAGAAAGGAAAAACUAAAACAACAGUUGAAAACAAAGGAAUUAGAACUUGAAGAAAUCAGAAAAGCUUACAGCACGUUAAAUCAGAAAUGGCAUGAUAAAGGAGAACUACUCUGUCAUCUUGAAACACAAGUAAAAGAAGUCAAAGAAAAAUUUGAAAACAAGGAAAAGAAACUUAAAGCAGAGAGAGACAAAAGCCUUGAGCUGCAAAAGGAUGCACUAGAAAAGCUUCAAAGCAUGGAUGAUGCUUUUAAGAAACAAGUUGAUGCUAUUGUUGAAGCUCAUCAAGCUGAAAUAAUACAACUAACAAAUGAGAAGCAGAAAUAUAUUGAUUGUGCGAAUUUAAAGGUUCAGCAAGUUGAAGAAGAAAUGCGAGGACUUCUGGAAGAAACAUGCAAGAACAAAAAAAUAAUGGAAGGAAAAAUUAAGCAACUUGCUUGUGCUCUAAGUGAAAUUCAGAAAGAAAUGUGAUGUUUGUGGGAACAAAUUUAAUUGAAAUGGACCAACAGACCUAUUGUACAAAUAAUUAAAUACUGUAACCGUAGUAACUGCUAUGACUUUGAAAUGUCUCUUUCUACACAUUUCAUUAUGAAUUUUUAAGAGACUUGAUGAAAUAAUUGUAUGUGUAGGGUUUUUAUAAUAAACUAUUGAUAAUUAUA